UCCCCAAAUGCAUCAAGGUAGCCAGCUCAAAUCUACUAGCGAGUUGGAUCGGAGUCGGGUUCUCAGUAUCAUUUUUUGUGUUUCUCGAUUCUCCUUCGAGAGGCGGAGAUUAGCAUAGAAUCAAACGACGAAGAGGGGAAGAGGAAGAGGGGAAGUGCUCUAGGGCUCAUAAUCUGACGAAAGUCAUGAAGAAUAUGAAGCGAUCUUGCGGAAUCUGGGAGGUUUUCUCUUUUCUCUUACUCCUCGCAAGCUGGCCUCGUCGCCUCUCCGCCCUCUCUGUCACGGUCACCGAUACGGAGUGCGUGUACGACUUCGUUCAAUUCGAUGGCGAUAUUGUUUCCGGCAACUUCGUGGUCGUCGACCAUGAUAUUUUCUGGGGCUCUGACCAUCCGGGCCUCGAUCUAACGAUAUCAUCACCGGCAGGGAAUACAGUUCAUUCAAUACAUGGAUCUUCUGGAGAAAAAUUUGAAUUUAAGGCUCUUAAAGCUGGAAUGUACAAAUUCUGCUUUCAUAAUCCCAAAUCAAUUCCAGAAACAGUGUCAUUUUACAUCCAUGUUGGGCACAUUCCUAAUGAACAUGAUCUGGCUAAAGAUGAGCAUCUGAAUCCAGUGAAUGUGAAGAUAGCAGAACUUCGGGAAGCAUUAGAAUCUGUCACAGCAGAGCAGAAAUACCUUAAAGCUCGGGAAUUACGUCAUCGACGUACAAAUGAGAGCACAAGAAGGCGCAUCAUUGGCUACACCAUUACCGAGUACAUUGUCCUGGCUGCUGCAAGUUUUCUGCAGGUACUUUUUAUCAGACGUCUUUUUAGCAAGACCGUGGCAUACAAUAGAAUUUAGAAUUACAACUUGGCCCUCACUUUUGAUUGUCUAACAAGCUGUUUCUCUGCAACUUAUUAAGGUUCAAGCUUUCUGUUCAGAUUUUGUAAAGUUGAUUUAAUUUGGUUAGUACUUCA